ACCGCGAGCUGUGUACAAGAAACGAGGCAGGAGAAAGGAGCUUUCUGGCAACGCUGAAAAGCCUUUCAGCAGUCAAAUACGUCCUCCCUGCCGUCUUCUUCGUGGACGUCGCUACAUCUGGAGACCGCGGGCUUUAAUGCGGCGGGCUGUAGGCGCAGACUGACUGACAGCCAGCUAUAAGCUGCCCCCAAAAGAUCUGCAACAUGACAGCAGAGGAGACGAUCAACAUAAAGGAGGCUGAGGUGAUCAAGCUGAUCCUGGACUUUCUCAACUCCAGGAAGCUGCACAUUAGCAUGCUGGCUCUGGAGAAGGAAAGCGGUGUUAUCAAUGGACUAUACUCUGAUGAUAUGCUUUUCCUCAGGCAACUCAUUCUGGAUGGCCAGUGGGAGGAGGUGAUGCAGUUCAUUCAACCGUUAGAAGGAAUGGACAAGUUUGACAAGAAAAGGUUUCGCUACAUCAUAUUUAAGCAGAAGUUUCUGGAAGCCUUGUGUGUUAAUAAUGCCAUGUCGGCUGCUGAAGACCCUCUAAAUCUAGAGAUCACCAUGCAAGAGGCAGUGAAGUGCCUGCACAGUCUGGAGGAGUUCUGCCCAACCAAGGAGGACUACAGCAAGCUGUGUCUCCUCCUCACACUGCCACGCCUCACCCAUCACGCAGAGUUCAAAGACUGGAACCCAAGCACGGCACGAGUGCAUUGCUUCGAAGAGGCCUGCGCGAUGGUAGCCGAGUUCAUCCCUGCAGACAGAAAGCUGAGUGAGGCGGGCUUCAGGGCUAGCGGGAACCGCCUUUUCCAGCUGCUAAUCAAAGGGAUCCUUUAUGAGUGCUGUGUAGAGUUCUGUCAGAGUAAAGCAACAGGAGAGGAGAUCACAGAGGGCGAGGUGCUGCUUGGCGUGGAUUUGCUGUGUGGGAACGGCUGUGACGAGCUGGAUUUGUCGCUGCUCUCCUGGCUGCAGAAUCUUUCCCCGGGUGCCUUCACCUGCGCCUUCCAGCAGAAGACCCUCAACAUCCACGUGGACCGGCUGGUGAAGCCCAGCAAAGCCGGCCACGCCGACCUCCUUACUCCAUUAAUCAACCGUCUGUCCCCGUGCCCUACCUCACCCUUUCGUCAAAGACCUCAUUCGGCCGACACCUACAUGUCGAGAUCCCUCAACCCAGCUCUGGACGGCCUGUCUCACGGUUUGGCGGCCCAGGACAAGAGAGGCCUGGAGACAAACAUGAAGUUCGCUCUCAGCCGGAGCCUCGUGGAGAAUAACGUGCAUCAGCAGGACGAUUCACCUGAGAGGAAGCACCCACAAGGGCUGGAUGGCCCAAACGCCACACGCACACCUCUGACUCCUGGAAAAGACGGUGGACCACCGUGCAGCACAGAAACACAUGAGCGUCGUGACUCCACUGAGCACAUCCAGGAGUAUUACAGGCAGCGGCUCCGCGUUCAGCAACAUCUGGAACAGAAGCAGCAGCAGAAGCAGCUUUACCAGCAGAUGCUGCUGGAGGGGGGAGUGAAGCCCCAGGAUGGAGCCCAGCACAACCUCACAGAAACCUUCCUCAGCAGAUCCAUCCAGAAGUUGGAAGAGAUGAACGUGGGCAUCGACCACUGUGGAGAGGACAUGAUGGCGCAGCUGGGUCAGCAGUGGAACGGGCUGACGGGGAACAACAGCACAUCUAGCCCCAGGGUGUCUCACAACCGUCACACCCCAGAUAAAGGACCGCCGAGGGACAAGCCAGGUGGGGUGAGCAGCAGCACGCCAGUAAGCACCGGGAGCCACAGCUUGCCUUUGCUCAGUGAGUCCCCAGUUCCUCCCAAUAAAAGAAUCACUGGCUCUGGUCCCACAGUCCAGGAUGACUCCACAAGCUCUGCAACACGUAGCACACACGAGCCAGCUAAGUGCAAAACACAGUUUGUUAAGGUGAGCCAGCUCGAGGACACACAGGCAGUGCGCGCAGUGGCCUUCCAUCCCGCCGGUGCGCUGUAUGCCGUCGGCUCCAACUCAAAAACCCUGAGAGUGUGUGCCUACCCGGAAACACUAACUGCCAGGUGGGAGCAGCUUACGGGGACCUACAAAUCCACACUUGGUUCUGGUGGAGUGAAGCAACCGGCUGUGCGCUUCAGGCGGAACAAACAUCACAAGGGCUCAAUCUACUGCGUCGCCUGGAGCCACUGUGGACAGCUUUUGGCCACUGGCUCCAAUGAUAAAUAUGUCAAAGUCUUGCCUUUCAAUGCAGACACCUGCAAUGCCACAGGCCCAGACCUGGAGUUUAGCAUGCAUGACGGCACUAUUAGAGAUUUGGCUUUUAUGGAAGGUCCUGAGAGUGGAGGAUCUAUUUUGAUCAGUGCUGGAGCCGGGGACUGCAACAUCUACACUACUGACUGUCAGAGAGGACAGGGCCUUCAUGCCCUGAGCGGACACACCGGUCACAUUCUGACUCUGUACACAUGGGGAGGGUGGAUGAUUGCUUCAGGCUCACAGGACAAAACUGUCCGCUUCUGGGACCUGCGGGUGCCCAGCUGUGUUCGGGUGGUGGGCACAACUUUGCAUGGCACAGGAAGUGCAGUUGCUUCAGUGGCAGUGGAUCCCAGCGGCCGCCUGCUCGCUACCGGUCAGGAGGACAGCACCUGCAUGCUGUAUGACAUUAGAGGAGGCCGCAUAGUGCAGACGUACCGGCCCCACAGCAGUGACAUACGCUCUGUGCGCUUCUCACCUGGAGCCCAUCAUCUCCUCACUGGUUCCUAUGACAACAGGAUCAUAAUCAGCGACCUUCAAGGUGACCUAACCAAGCCCCUCCCUCAGACGGUGGCAGGGGAGCACUGGGACAAGGUGAUCCAGUGUAGGUGGCACCCACACGAUCGGACCUUUGUGUCAUCGUCUGCGGAUCGAACCGUCAUCCUCUGGGCUCCAGGCCCGUGAGCUUUAGAGAAAGAGCACAAGAGCACAUGCACCCCAGCUCCGAGGUGUAUUGGUGUGCAAAACAUGCAUAUCCUAAACGUCAAGUUGUUUAUAUGUUUAAAGAUAAGUGCACGUGUGCGUACAGUAGGGUGACAAGUGCACUUUUGAGCCAGAAAAGCCAGUCACUUUAAGGAGGACACUUUCUACGUAUGUGUGUAUAUGAAUGUCUAUAUAUGUCUUUGGGUAUGUGCCAAUGUGUGCUCCAGCAACCAUGAAUUUCUGGAAAUCUGAGUGUAUAUGGCUUUGCAGUUUGAGUCAGAUUUAAGGGAAAAUGUGAGGUUGAAUUUCUAAAUAUACAUAGAACAUGUCUGUGUGUUCGCUUGAUACCUUUCAGCUUGUGACUUAUAUAAUUUCAGCAAAGAUUAAAUGGCAAAUGUGAUACAAAGUAUAAAGAUGGUCGCUAAUGCCCAUCUUAAAAAGCACUUUACUUUGACUGCGAGCAUACUUAUCUUAUAUUUUAGCUCUUCUCUCACACUGCCCAAGCAAGUACACUCAAAACAUGGAGGUAAACUAAGACGUAGGGUUUGUGUAAUGUGACAUUUAGCAUCUUAACGCAGCAAUUCUUUUGAUAAUUUCUGCAGGAAGGAGUGACAGAAUUUAAUGUUCUGGAGAGAAGCCACAUUUGGUUAUGCAUAUCAUAACGUGCCUUUUUUGUAACUGUUGUGUAGUUUUUUGGAUGUCUGGAUUGAUAGAUUUGUUUUUGUUUUUUUAAUUUGCAGCUUUAUUUUGGUAUUUUAUCACAUGCCUUUUGUCAGCUGUAAGUUCAAACAAGGUUACUGCACCCAUCAGCAUCACUUAUAUGCAUACAACAGUUUAUUCACUUACAUGAAAGCUCAAAAAAGAGUACCACUGGGUGCGAGUUACAAGCAGCACCUGAAUAAGUCGAGUUAAGCUUUAGGAGCCUCUUCUUGGGAACUCUGGUCCGAGCACAUGGAAGUGUUCACCCGCAGUCGGUCGAUAAAUUUGGGAUAAUUUGAAUAUUUGAACACACUAAGCCAAAGCUUAUAGCAGCGCUGAAAAGUGAUAAAGGGAGGAAAUGGUUGAUGUGACAAGAAAAAAAAAUCUUAAAUCAGAGGUGCAAAGUGUGGAUUCAUGAGAACCCGUGUCCCAGAGAAGGUUUAGGGAUUUAUAGUGAACAUUACAAUAGAAUGCACUAAAUGCAGACAACCAUGAGAGUCUCUGUAUUUUGGAUCAGCAGACUAAUGUCAAAACAGUGGUAAUGAUGCACUUUAAAGAGAUGCUUCAGGACUGCACAGUGUGAAACGCCAGUGUCGUUGGCUUGUUUAACUUUAAGCUUCACUUUUUUGAGCAGCCUGGUGCAAGUGUGAGACAGAGAUGAGGGUACAGGCUGAGAAAAUGACUGACCUUUGUGGGAUUAUCGUAUUGUGCUUUACAUUUUACCUUAUCUGUGACUCUUGAUGGCAUAUUCCGUGUCACUGUCCACCUGUAAUAGUUACAUGCACAAGUGUGUCACAAGUAAGACAAGUGCCAAGGGGUCAUUAGGGUUCAAACUGUUCAAAAAAUAAAGUAGUGGCUGUCUAACACAUGUUCUUUUAAGGAAUACUUUGAAACAAACUGACAAAAUAAAGAUA